AUGCCGGCUGUCAAACAAAGAAAAGUUGCCAUCGUCGGGAGCAGGGCUGUUGGGAAAUCCUCCCUAACCGUCCAGUUCGUCGAAAAUCAUUUCGUCGAGAGUUACUACCCAACAAUCGAAAACACCUUCAGUACCGUUAUCAAAUAUAAGGGACAGGAUUACUCCACCGAAAUCGUCGAUACCGCUGGUCAGGACGAAUAUAGUAUUCUCCAAUCGAAACAUUCAAUUGGGAUCCAUGGGUACCUUAUAGCGUACUCCGUCACCUCCCGGCAAUCGUUUGAUAUGGUCACUGUCAUUAGAGAUAAAAUCCUCAACCAUCUUGGUGCAGAAUGGGUCCCCUGCGUGUUAGUCGGUAAUAAAUCCGAUCUUCACAUCCAACGACAGGUAUCACCUGAGGAAGGCAAGGCGCUCGCCGAGGAAUGGAAGUGCUCUUGGACCGAAACCUCUGCCAGACAUAACGAGAACGUAGCAAAGGCGUUCGAGUUGUUGGUCGCAGAAAUCGAAAAGUCGCAGAACCCGGCGCAGCCUCCUAAUGGUGGGAAGUGUGUGCUCAUGUGA